GUUCACGACCAACCAUGAAGCUAAGUUGUAAAAAAUGGCCUCGUGUAGCAUUACUCUGGCUGAUAUCAAAUUCUCUUGGUGAAACUGAGGAAAUGCAUUAAUUUUUGUUAUUUUGUUGUAUUUGUCUGUGAUUUAGAGUUGAAGAUUGUCUGUGAUUAUUAUUACAUUUUAAUAUAUAAUAUUGCAAAAUGUUGCUAAGAGUACAAUCACCUGAUGGCACUAAGCGCAUUGAAGUCACUCCUUCUGAGUCAUUACAACAGCUCUAUGAUAAGGCAAGCAUGGUGUUUGGAGUGCCUGCGGACCACUUCAGCAUCUAUCAAGACAGGACCCGCAAGCAGGAGCUGGCUUGCUCAGCACGUCGAUCAGUACGAGCUGCCAAGCUCUCACACGGUGACAUGAUCUUCCUCCAUCCCAGUGCUGCAGCAUCCACUUCAUCCUCUUCUUCAUCGUCAUAUUCAUCUCAGUCUCAUACAAUGGAUGUUGAUCCACAACCAUCAACUUCCGGCUUGAACAAGAAGCCCUGUAGGUCAGCCCUGAGUAGCAGCAACGGCAGCGACUUGACAGUGAACAAGGCUCUGGUGGUGGAGGACGCUGUUGACCAACAGCUGGUCAAACUUGACGGAAGAAUACCCGGCAAACGUAACCCGCUCUUAUGUCACCACAAAGGGAACAGCAAAUGUAUCCACUGUACAGAUAUCGACCCCUGGGACGAGAACUACCUCAAGGAAAACAACAUCAAGCACAUGUCCUUCCACACUUACAUCCGCAGACUCAAGUCAGGUGUUGACAAGGGCAAGUUUGUGCAAGUGUCGAACAUGGAGUGCAGCAUCAAGCCUGGGUGCACGGAGCACCCGCCCUGGCCACAAGGCAUCUGCUCCAAGUGCCAGCCGUCCGCCGUGACCCUCACACGCCAGACCUUCAGACACGUCGACGCCGUCAUCUUUGAGAACAGAUCCAUCGUUGAGAACUUCCUCACCUACUGGCGCACCACUGGACACCAGCGCGCAGGCAUGAUGUACGGCAGGCACGUAGUGCACCCUGAUGUGCCUCUGGGCAUACGUGCUGAGGUCGCCGCGAUAUACGAGCCGCCACAGGAGGCCUCGGCUGACCACCUAAAACUCCUGCCAGAUGCCAACAAGUCUCAUGUUGACGAGAUGGCUCGGCAGCUGGGCCUGUCCUGUGUAGGCUGGGUGUUCACAGACCUAGUGCCGCUAGACCAGAGCACAGGGACUGUGCGCCACUUACGUCACAGCGACACAUACUUCCUCUCCAGCCACGAGGUGAUCACGGCUGCCACGCUGCAGCUGCAGCACCCCAGCCCCUGCGCCCUCGCCUCCUCGGGCAGCUAUGGAUCGAAAUUCGCUACCGUUAUCGUGACUGGCGACUCUGAGAACCAGGUCCACAUGGAGGGCUAUCAAGUCUCCCACCAAUGCGAGGCGCUGGUGGCCGCCAAAUGCCUCCUGCCUACACUCGACGCUCCCGAACUUGCCUACGUGAGAGAGUCUUCCGCUCAGCAGUACGUGCCCGACGUCUUCUUCAAGGAGAAGGACGAGUAUGGCAACGAGGUGACGCGUCUCGGUCGUCCCUUGCCUGUGGAGUAUUUGCUGCUGGAUCUGCCCGUGUCUACCCCCAACACCCCCACGCAUACCUUCACUGAGAGGGAUGUCCACUCCUUCCCCAUAGAAAACAGGCUGGUUGAAGGCCACUUGCAGGACUUCCAGACGCUGGCCGCCUUCCUACGCACCGUCAAGAGCGACGCUUUCUCCUUUUUAGAGAAGCUCGCGGACUUCCACGUGCUGCUCUACCUGAGCGUGAUGGACGUGCUGCCCCUGGGCGGCCACAUGGCGCCCCUUCUGAAGGCCAUCAAAGAGAAAGACACGCUGGCGGUCGUGGAGUGGCGGAAAAGCGACUUGUGGAGCACCCUGGAGCAGCUGGUGGAGGCCUCCCCCCCACCCUCCCAUGGCUCCUCCAUGACGGGGACCCAUGGGGACGGCAGGGUGGACAUCCCAGGGGGUGCGAACCCCGCAGGCGGGGUUGGGGGCGACCCCUGGACCUGCUUGCAUUGUACCUUCAUUAACCAGCGGGGGGAUGAUGUGUGUGAUAUGUGUCACUUGCCCCGGUGAGUCACUUGUGUCACUUGCCCCCGUGAGUCACUUGUGUCACUUGCCCCAUCGUCAUCCUCGUGACGUCACCAUCUCACCUCAUUGUCAUCCUUAAAUUUCUUUCUUCUCGCCGCUUACGACGCGUCAUAGACGAACGUCGGCUGUGAUGCUUUUCAAACUGUUAGCUUCAAUGCGUUUAUGUCGUUCAUAUAAGUGGAAAAUUGGUUCUGCUUAACUCCUGUUCUCUGAAUGAUGAUCAGUGGUCAAGCAUCAGCCCUUGCGAUGCCACCGACGAUGCGCUUUUAGUUUAUACCAAUGGUAAGAGCUGAAAAAUUCCUUACAUUUGUCCCUUUCGUGCGAGCUGCUAUCAUGUUCAUGACAGGAACCACCACAACGUGGAUUUCAACUCAACGUAGGCAAGCAGAACUUCUAAACGCUGGGGCUUCUUGUCGAGUCCAUGCACUCUGAUGGCCGAUAAUUUUUAAAAAGCUGUUGCUUAUUAUUUAUUCAAUUAUUUGCAAACGUUCGACUUUUUUGUUACUAAAAUAACAAUUGUUAUUUGUCAAUCCUCCCUCUGAACUUGUUUCUCAUGACAAUUUGUGAGAUUUUCUCCCGAAUUUCACCAAGUUUCACUCCUCAGUUGCGUAUUGAUUCUUGAGCUCUUGUUACCGAUCUUGUUUCAUUACUGCUGGUUCUGGAAACGCAUUUUUAUUGAUGCGUUAUAGCUAGAAUGCUUGGCAUCCGGGAAAUUCCUGCAGCAUGCUCCCCAACGUGAUGUUUGACUGCUCAUACUCUGAGACGAGCUUCAUUCACCUUCUCGUGUCGUAUUUCUCUGUAGAUGUGCCAGUUUCGCUCAAAUUUUUGGCUUUUGCCCUCACAUCAAAAAUCAUCAUCGCUUACAGGUUCCCGUGUUCAAUUUUCUAUCAAACUUGCUCAUUUGAAAAGGAAAUAGUUUGCUGCAAUAACUCUGUAAGAAAUGCUUGCAUAACUCAUGGUUUCAAUUUAACGGCAGAGUUUGUUUCGUCUCAGGUGCCGAAAUUAUGGUCCUGUACUUGAACUAUUUACUGCAUAUUAUCACUUUGCACUCUGAUUUGAUAAUUCACACUUUUUCUGUUUUUGAAAUCGUCGCUAAUGAUCAGGACUAUGAUAUUAUCGCAUACUGUUCGUGUGAUUUUAGUGGAAAAUUUGAGUCCGUUCUUUGAACGAAGUCUGUGGUGUCCAGCCAGCAGUCAUUGGAUGAGGAUUGUUCGUUGAGAGAGAUGGUCAGUGGAUGGGAUUUGCUGGUGGACACGAUCACUGGAUGCUGAGUGUUAGUUGAUAUGGUCACUGGAAUAUUGUUUAUCUACUAUUUUCACUGAGGUGUGUGCUCAUUUGUAUUCUUCCGCAUAUUGCCUACUUAGACAAUUAGUGCUGCUGUAUAUUGUGUAAAUAUUCAAACGGUGGCUGAAGAGACUGAGUUUGAGUAGAAUCUUUUGUUGUCCACGAGUAAGUUGGAUGGAGAUUUACACGAUCUUUUUCGGUGCCAGGUGGAAGAAAAGGAAGCCAAAAUUUAUUUGUUUCUGAAAGCGCAUGGUACCGUUCCCGUGACAAUUUGUUUUCAAAAUUUUUAAGGCCGUUGUUGAUUGGUUAUUUAAACAAAUUAAUGCCAUGUCUUGAACUAUUUGUGUUGGAAGGUAUUGAAUUACAUAAAUGGGUGGACUUGGUUCACGAGCUAGGCUGCUUCGAGUAUUUGACCAAAAGGAUAAAGCUGCGCCUUUUCAUGUUAAAAUUAGGUUUUUUGUUUAAUUAAAACCAGGUUCAUGCCUUAGCACUGACUGCGACUGAGAAAUCAAUCGCCCAGAGAGGUGAGAGUAAUUUCGCGCUUCUGAUGGGAUCUCCCUUGGUCAUUAUGAGGAUUUUGUUGUUACCUCAUCACAAUACCCAGAUUCAUGUUAAUCUUCAUGCACGAGAAAAUAAUUUCUUUACACUGCUAUUCAAUAUUCUGAAAGUCAUUGUUUUAAAUCUUACAGUACUCGGAGAAAUGAAUGAGAUUUUAUCAAAUUUGCGAUGCACUUUUUGCCUAAUGUGCGUCUUCCCGAUUCAUUUUGGCGGGCAAAAAGACGCGUACGUAUCAGUGUUACGUGAUGAAAGUGUGUCGUUAUUUGAACAAUAUGAAUCAUUCAUUUUCCUAAGCGUAGAGUUCUUAUCAUCAGUUCAAUAUGGUCCGCAUCAGUCGUGUUGUCAAUGCCACUGAUGCACUCUCCAUGUACCGUCACAGGACGAGUGAUGACGGUUAAGGUCAAGUCCAAUCCGAGUUUCUGUGUAGCUACGAGUAACCUGUUAAGCGGUUAUCAUUAUUGUCCACUUCUACAUUCUUUGUUUUUCGUUCCUACUUCUGUCUCUCCUUCGCUAUCUCCAGCGUGCAGACUCUCCCUCCUUCUGUAGAUGACGAAAUCUAAGUUACUAAAUUCUAAAGCGCAAUAAUUCUUGACUGCUUCACCUCACUCCGAUGGAGGUUUCAACAACGCAUGGCUCAUUUUUGGAACUUUAGGAAUAACGUGAUGUUUAUUUGUUGAUGGAUGUGGACUGGUGGUUUCCCAGCGCUCUAUGCUCACUUAGAGACAUUUUGUAAUCAACCUGAUGAAUUUUGAUGACAAUGGGUGCAUGUUUGAACACGUAUUACUGAAUAUGUCGUGAGCAGGUUUGAACGUGUCCUAGACAUGUUGACAAUGUUUUCAGCAAAUCAGCAGGUUGUCGUUUAGCCAUGCUAAGGUAUUGUCCGGAUAUGAGCCCUGAUAUGUUCUAUGCGUGCUAGAAUUCUUCGUAAUCUCGGAUCUACUCUAUAAUGUCAACUUGUUAUUUUUUAUUUUUCGUCAUGCAUGAUAGUUGCGCAAGUGUGCUUGAACUAUCCAGUGAAAAGUGUGAUCAUUCAACCUUAAUUGUUCCCUUAAAUCCGUUCGAAUUGAAUAAUUCUUGCAGGAUUUUUCAAGCUUGCAUCGUUGCCUUCAUCACAAACGCCCCGACAACUCCCAUACAAAAAGCGUUCUUUAAUACGAUGGAAACUAUCCCCGACCCAUCCUGGGUAUCCUGAUAAUAGUUGUGCGUCUGGCCUUGUAAUUACCAUCAGCGUAUGUCAUUCUAUGGCUCAUGGCGUAUGGAUAGUCAGCGCAAUAGCUUAAGUAAUUAUCUUCAGCCGAAAUGACUUGAACGUUCUUUAAUUUAUAGUUGCAUCACAAUUUUAACGUCGGUCGCCGCCAACCUCUGAAACUUCGUCCAAGAUUGUAACUGUCGUGUUUUUAUACUAAGAUUUAAAGCACC